UUAGGUAGACCUAUUAUAUUAAACUAUCGAAGAAUGUUCAAAGGCUACCCUUACCCUGAACCGCUGCCUUCAUCAACGUCUCGCUACAUCAGAUCACCAUACAAAAACAUUUACCAGGGUAUUAACAGACGGUUAAAAGGUGAUAUGGACAAGCGGGUAUAUAACAAAAAGUUCAAAUAUGCAGCUAAGCCGAUCGGUCAUCAUUUGUAUUGUGAAGGCGUGUUUGAUUGUAUUAUUUCCCGCAUGGCGAUAGAAACAAAUGGUAGUAUUCCAAUAAUUCUUCGUGGUGGUGUUGGAUAUAAGUACUUCAGUGUGGCGAUCAAAGCGUACCCAGGGGAGGAACUUUCUGGAACAGUUCGAGCUUAUUGCCCGUCGCCUAAUGUCGAUGGAUCAUAAAAAAGAGGGUGUGAACCGACACGUGUCAGAAGUGAAACUUCUUUGGCAAGAUUCAAACG